AUGGCUUCUUUUGGAGCAAAUACUGCAACAAAACCAAUCAAAAAGAGGAAAAGAACGAUUGAGAUCAAGAAAGUUGAGCAGAUAAACAGGCGUUACGUGACCUUCUCUAAACGCAAAUUAGGGUUAUUCAAUAAACUCACCGAGCUCUCAGUUCUGUGUCAAGUGGAAGCCGCUGUGAUCAUCACCUCCCAAAACGGGAAGCUCUAUACGUGUGGCUACCCCGACGCCGAUGCCGUCGUUCGCCGCUACCUCAGCGGAGGGCUAUCCCGAGGGCUGGACAGUGAAAGCAAAAAGAGACAGCAAGAUGCAAUUGAAACCCUAAGGCCUGAAUACGAGGCCACUCAGAACCACUUGAAAGAAGAGCAAAAGCGUUUGCAAGAAAUCAAAGAGACGCGAAAGAGUAGUUUGUGCUUUCCCUCGUGGUGGAAUCUCCCCACCGAGGGUAUGGGUUUGGAGGAUCUUGAACAGUUCAAGACUUCUUUGGAACGUUUGAAGUUUAACCUAGUUGGGGCGCUGCAAGAGAAGCAGAUGAAUUCGGUCCCAUCAAUGCCAAAUGCUCUUAUGGUACCACCAAUGCCAUCUACUGUGCUUCCACCAGUGUCACAUGCUGCUAUGGUUCCACCAAUGAUGCCGCCACAGUUUCAAAACAUGCCACUCUUGAGUGUUCAACGUUUAAGUGGAAAUCAAGUUCAAGAUGAUUAUUGGAGGAGUGCUGCUAUAGCUAGUAAUGGUUUUGGAAGCCUGAAAAGUUAUGGAUAUGCUACUUAA